AUGUCAAACCAAGUAAAAUCACCGCAUCGUUCAAGUGUAGAAGACGAAGAGCAACCAUUUACGCCGUGUACUCGUUUGUCAAGGCUGACAGUUGAAUCACUAAGCAAUAGAGAUAAUCGUCAUAAGAAAUCUCAUUUAUACCAAACACCCACCAAUUUGAUGGAUAGACUGUCUGAGGCAUCUGGUAAAAAAUUAGCCUCCGCAGCACCACAUCGCAACCUAGUCAUGUUUUUUGGGUCUGAUCGAAUUAGCAUGAAUAGCAAGUCCAAGGACAGCGUAAUUUCUGAGGAUGAAGAUUCUGACGGAGAUUUGUUUUCGUCAGCACUUUAUCCUUUGUCUUCUCCUGAUCGACCAUUUACAAAAAAAUCAAUAUUUGACGACGAAUUCAUUGGCUCGAGUCCGCUGGAAGUGAGCAUAUCAAGAAAACAGUUUAGCUUUGACGAAGAUGAGGAGGAGGAGGAGGAGGAAGAGGAGGAUCAUUAUGAUCCCAGUAGCUCAUGGUUGUCUCAGCUCUUUUACAGUACAGAAUCCGACCAAUCUAUCAAAGUGGAGGGAGUAGAAGAGACAGAAGAAGAAGAUGAAUCAGAAAAUCGACAGCCUCGUUUAUGGAAAGGAGGAAUAGAUCAAACAACUCAAGCGCUACCUUUUGAAGGAAAACACAGUGCCCAAGCACGAUCACCAUUACAAGAGAUUCUUUGGGAAGGAGAAUUGCCCGCCAAAAAGAAGUUAUUAUUGGCAAGUGGCAAAAUCCAAAAAAUGCGAUAUAUGCGUGCACUAUCCCCUACACGGCUAACACAACGUAGGUGUAAAGAGCCGCCUAAAAGCAUCGAUUAA